UACUUUUUCCCCCACUACUCACUCACUAUCUGACUCUCACUCUGUAUCUCCAUCUCUAUUUCGAAGAACAAUGGCUCUCUCUAUGAGAUUAAACCUGCUCUCGUCCACCACGUUAAGACCCAGAUCGUCAUCUUCACCACCAUAUGCCUUCAUCACUUUCUCAUCUCCAAUCCCAUCUCUCCCGCCCCUUCCUUCUCCAAAAUUCCCCCUCAGAGCCUCACACUUUCCCUCCAUCAAAGCCUCUUCCUCUUCAUCUUCUUCCGCUACCAUUACCGAGCCUGAAGGCAUCAAGAUUAAUUCGAUUCCGACGAAGCCGAUCGAAGGGCAGAAGACUGGAACGAGCGGACUUCGGAAGAAGGUGAAAGUUUUUAUACAAGAAAAUUACCUUGCCAAUUGGAUCCAGGCAUUGUUUAAUUCAUUGCCAUCAGAGGAUUACAAGAAUGGGUUGCUGGUGUUAGGAGGUGAUGGCCGUUAUUUUAAUCGAGAAGCUGCACAGAUAAUUAUCAAAAUUGCUGCAGGGAAUGGUGUUGGAAAAAUUUUGGUUGGAAAGGAGGGUGUUCUGUCAACACCAGCCGUUUCUGCUGUAAUCCGCAAGAGAAAGGCUAAUGGUGGAUUUAUAAUGAGCGCCAGUCAUAACCCUGGUGGGCCUGAAUAUGAUUGGGGCAUCAAGUUCAAUUACAACAGUGGUCAGCCUGCACCUGAAUCUAUCACUGACAAGAUUUAUGGAAACACCCUCUCUAUAACUGAAAUAAAGGCUGCAGACAUUCCUGAUGUUGACCUAUCAUGUCUGGGAGUUACCAAGUACGGGAACUUCAGUGUUGAAGUAAUAGACCCCGUUUCUGACUAUUUAGAGCUAUUGGAGAGUGUAUUUGAUUUCCAGCUUAUCAAAAGUCUUCUGUCACGAUCAGAUUACAGGUUUAUAUAUGAUUCCAUGCAUGCUGUUACUGGCGCUUAUGCAAAACCCAUCUUUGUGGACAAGCUAGGAGCCAGUCUGGAUUCAAUUUUGAAUGGAGUGCCUCUAGAGGAUUUUGGGCAUGGUCAUCCCGAUCCCAAUCUUACAUAUGCUAAGGAUUUGGUCAAUAUUAUGUAUGGUGAAGGUGGACCUGAUUUUGGAGCUGCAAGUGAUGGAGACGGUGAUAGAAAUAUGAUUCUAGGUAGAGGCUUUUUUGUUACUCCUUCCGACUCUGUUGCAAUUAUUGCUGCCAAUGCACAAGAAGCCAUUCCAUAUUUCCAGAGUGGCCCUAAGGGUUUGGCUCGAUCUAUGCCAACAAGUGGUGCUCUUGAUCGUGUAGCUGAAAAACUGAACCUUCCUUUCUUUGAGGUCCCUACUGGUUGGAAGUUCUUUGGAAAUCUUAUGGAUGCCGGGAAGUUGUCCAUUUGUGGGGAAGAGAGUUUCGGAACAGGUUCUGAUCACAUUCGUGAGAAGGAUGGCAUAUGGGCUGUCUUAGCUUGGCUUUCAAUUAUUGCAUACCGAAACAAAGACAAGAAACCAGGUGAGAAGUUGGUUUCUGUCUAUGACGUUGUGAAGGAACAUUGGGCAACAUAUGGAAGGAAUUUCUUUUCUAGAUAUGACUAUGAAGAAUGUGAAUCUGAAGGUGCAAACAAAAUGAUAGAAUAUCUUAGAGAUUUGCUCUCUAAAAGCAAGCCUGGUGACAAGUUUGGAAGUUACGUCCUCCAAUUUGCAGAUGAUUUUAUGUAUACAGAUCCCGUUGAUGGGAGCAAAGUGUCAAAGCAAGGUGUUCGCUUUGUUUUCACAGAUGGAUCAAGGAUCAUAUAUCGUCUAUCAGGAACUGGUUCAGCAGGUGCCACUGUUAGAGUUUACAUUGAACAGUUUGAACCAGAUGUAUCUAAACACGAUGUGGAUGCCCAAACAGCCCUAAAACCAUUGAUAGAUUUGGCGCUGUCUGUCUCGAAGUUGAAGGAGUUCACAGGAAGGGAGAAACCUACUGUGAUCACAUAAAGCACAAUCCCAUGAUCGAUCUCAUGUAUCCAGUGUUAUCCUAUGCUAUGCCAGUGGCAGGUUGACCAGUUCAUCUUUUUUCCUCUUGAAUUGUCUUACAGAUAUCUCCCAUUCAGUUUUGAAUCUUUUGAUUGUGCAAUAGGUAUCCUGGCUUAGUAUAACAAUAAGCCACUCCUUGUAAAUUACUGAAUUUUAUGUGGAAAAUAAGACACCUCUUUCUCAGCAGAGGAGUUAAUGCUUCA